UCAUCUGUCAAAUUAAAGACGUAAAUAGAAAUGUUUUUACGUAAAUUCGCGCUAAAAUUAUUUUUAAAACAUAAUUUUCUUUACAAUUCCUACCAAAGAAAAUUAAAAUCUUUCUUACUUUUAUAAAACAGCGUGUAAAUAAUCAAACCUGGUAGCGAUAAGUAACAAAAAAUUACAAUGAGUGAUUCAUUACAAAACUUCGAAUUAAUUUUGCAGAAAAGUAGUAAAAGACCUUCUCUGGGACUUUAUAAGGACAAUAAACAAGAAAACAAACAUACUUAUAAGCCGCAGGAUGUGAUAUCAAGUGUUUCUCUCCAGCUAAAAGCGUUUCAAGUGGCUGAUUCUGUAAAAAGUGAAAAGUGUAAACCUAAAGUUUUACCUAAGUGUAAGAACUCUGAUUUCUUAAGUGUUAGUAAUUUACCGGUGUACGAUGAGCCACAAAAAUCAAAAUUCGACACCCAAUACGCAACAGACACACAACUCAUAAACAUAAUAGAAGAUGCUGAAAUCAUCGACAUCCAUCAUGGAAUGACACAAGAGUUCGAAACCACCUUCUGUCAUCAUACGGAGAAGGUUCUGGAUGAAGCGGAUGAUGAGAAGAACAGAGAAGAUAAAGAUGGAUGUUUGGAUGACGAUACAGUGGAUGAUAGAGUUGAAAGAGAUACAGAAGAUGUAAAUAAUGAUAAUAAUGUAGAAAUGGAUACAUCUGUAAGUCUAAUCUCUCCUAUUAUUAAUAGUAAUAGAGUCAAAUAUGAAGAACCAACUAUAAAUAGCGGUAGAAAUAAAGAUUUUGGAGCUGAAAAACAAAAUAUAGAAUGUAUAGAAAUUAACGAUGAUGAUUUAGCUAUAGAAAUGCCUUUAAGUCCAAUUUUUAUUCAGAAAGUAACGAAACCAAAAUCUAAAACACCGUCCCCAAUGGUAUUUAGUCUAGAAAAGUUCGAAGAGUUUGAAAAGCUGUCAGAACCGGUGUUAAUAGGCGAUGAUUUAAAAAUAUCAAAGAAAAUCAUCAAUUCACAGAUUCUUGAUAAAGAAUUAAAUAUAAAUAUGGACGAAGAAAUAGCAUUGAAUGCACGGAGUCCAGUUUUACAAAAUAAACCUAAAAGGAAAAUAAAUAAAGAAUUUAAAACUAAACUACUUAUAGACCCAACUUCAGAAGAAGAUAUAGAAUUAAUAAACCUAGACAAAGCUACAACAGACAAUUUAAUUAAAGAAGUAACAAAAGGAGAAAGUAGAAGAUUAAAAGAAGUUUUAAAAGAUGAGAUUUUGUUUAGUAGUGACGAAGAAGAUUUGGUUCAAGAGAGUUUGCAAGAUCUCCCUUUCACUUGUGCCUUAGAAACUUCCUUCUACGAUCAAUCUGAUGUUCUGGACAAGACUAUGUAUGUAGGAUUUCAAACAGCUAGCAAUAAGUCCAUACUGAUAUCCACAGAUUCCUUUGCUCAAGCGAAAAGCAUAUUAGGCGAUGUUGAAGAUGACGUCACUAUCACUGAAAUGGUUAAAAACUGUGAGAGUAAUGUUAAAAAUACAACUAAUAAUGAGAAACAAGGUGAAAUGGACUCUAAUGAUAAGAAGACAGAGUUCAAAUUUAUCAGCGGUAAUGAAAUAGAUAAGGUUGUUGAUACAGGACAACCAGAUUCUGGUAGUUUUAAAGGUUUUAUGACAGCUAGUAACAAACAAAUUAGAUUAUCUCAAAAAGCAUUAGUAAGAAGUAAGAAAGUAUUUCAAGAUAUUGAUUUGAAUGAAGAUUUUGAUAAGAGAACCGUAGAAGAUGAUGAUAAUGCAGAAGAAAGUGAGAAGUAUAAAGAAGACAAACUAGAAAGAGAAGAUAGAUUAAACAUAGAAGAAGAAAUACAAAACAUUGAUGAUGCUUUAAUACAAGAAUUUGAAAAUAUUGAAAUGUCUUUGAAUGAUGAUAAAAAAGAAGUAGGAGUAAAAGGAGUAGCUCCAAUAGGUUUUAGAACGGCUAGCAAUAAAGAAAUAGAAAUCACAGAUACAGCUUUAGCAAAGAUAAAAGAUGUUUUCAAAGAUAUUGAUUUGGAUGAAGAUUUGAAUGAGUUAGAGUUUAAAGAAGAUAAUUUUGAAAACAAGGAUCUAGGAAACAUCGGUAGAGAUAUAAAAUCUACAACUGAAAUAGGAUUUAAAACUGCAAGUAAUAAAAACAUACAUAUAUCUAAAGAAGCGAUAAGUAAAACAAAGAAUAUAUUUCAGGAUCUAGAUGAUAUUAAAUUUCCUAUUAAACUUGACAAAGUAUUGAACAAAAAUGAAGGAAAUACCUCUGAAAUAAAUUCAACUGAAACAAAGGCUGAUUUUGUUGGUUUUAAAACAGCUAGCAAUAAAAAUAUCAAAAUUUCAGAGGAAGCCUUAGCAAAAACUAAGAAUUUAUUUCAAGAUAUUGAUGAUACAGAACUUCCAAAUAAAAAAACAGAAGAAAAUUUUGCUAAAGAAGAAAUAUUCGCCAAACCUAGUACUAGCAAAGGCUUUACAGGCUUCAAAACUGCAAAUAAUAAACAAAUAAAUGUCUCCAAAGCAGCUUUAGCUAAAACUAAACGAAUAUUUGAAGAUAUAGACUCUGUAGAUUUCAAAAUACCUAACAAACGUGAAGCAAAUUCCAAAAACUUGAAAGAAACUGAAGAUUUAACUAGUGAAUCUAGUUUUACUGGCUUUAAAACUGCAAGUAAUAAGAAUAUUAAAAUAUCUAAUGAAGCUAUGGCUCGAACUGAACAAGUUUUCAAAGACAUUGAUUCAGAGAACUUCAGUCAUCCAAAACAAUCUACGAAAACUGAAGAAAAUACCAAAUUCAAUACUGAAACUAGUAAAACAGGCUUUGUAGGAUUUAAAACGGCAAAUAAUAAAGAAAUCAAAAUAUCUGAAAAAGCUUUGGCUGAAACGAAGAAUAUGUUUAAAGAUAUUGAUGAUACAAAUUUUAAAUAUCCUUCUAAACAUGUUAAAACUACUGAAAAUGACAAAAAAGAUGACAGUAAAGCUAAAACUACAGAUUUGUAUGGACCUUCGACAAGUAAAGCUUUAUUUGUUGGCUUUCAAACUGGAAAUAAUAAGAAAGUUAAUAUUUCUAAAGAAGCUUUAGUUAAAACGAGAAACAUAUUUAAAGAUAUUUUAGAAAAUGAUCCCAAAUCCAACAAAAAACCUGAAGAAAAUACAAUAGACGUCGAAACUGAAGAUUUUAAUAAACCGUCGACGAGUAAAGCUAGUUUUAUCGGUUUCCAAACAGCAAAUAAUAAGAAGAUAACAAUUUCAAAGGAAUCUCUAGCUAAAACAAAAGAUAUAUUCAAAGAUAUCAAUGAAAUUGAUCUCGGAGAAACAAGUAAAGGUGAUGACGAUACAGAAAUUGCGGCAAAUGAACCUGACAAAGCUCCAUAUCCACUAUCAACUAACAAAACAAGUUUCAUAGGCUUUAAAACGGCAAAUAACAAACAAAUACAUAUUUCUAAAGAAUCUCUAGCUAAAACUAAAAAUAUAUUCAAAGAUAUUGAUUCUAAUGACGUCACAAAUGCAAAUAAUCUUGACAAAGGUGAAGAAAAGCUUCCAUAUCCAAGUUUAGAAGAAGAUCUCCAUCCAAUGAAAAGUUUAACUGGUUUUGUUGGUUUCAAAACUGCAAAUAAUAAGGUUAUUAACGUUUCCGAAAAGGCUUUGGCUAAAACUAAGAAUAUUUUUAAAGAUUUAGAAGAAACUGUAAUUGAUUCUACUAAUAUAACUAAAAAAGAUUAUCCAGAUAUUGAAAUAGGUACGAAAGAAUGUGUUAGUAAUAAAGAUGGAAGUGCUACAAGUAUUAAAGAUAAUAAUUUUAAAAUAAACACAAAUAAAAUGCCAAAAUUUCAAGGCUUCCAAACAGCUAGUAACAAAAAGGUUGCAAUAUCAGCAGAAGCUUUACUAAAAUCUAGAAAAAUAUUUGAAAAUAUUGACGCCAAUGAAGAUAUGAUUACUAAAAACUUAAAAACAGGCAGUAUGAAUAAUUUAAACCUUGCUAAAGAUGAUAGAGCACAGAAAAAUGAACCUAAUUUAGAUAUAGAUAAGAGUAAAAGUCCUAUUUUCAAAGGUUUUCAGACAGGUAAUAAAAAACCUGUACCCAUAUCAGAAGAAGCAUUAGCCAGAAGUAGAAAACUCUUUCAAGAUUUGGAAACUAUGCAAGACGAACCGGAACCUGCCUUUCACGGUUUUAAAACUACUAACAAUAAUGAGCUAGAAUUAUCACAGAAAGCUUUGAUAGAUGCUGUGAACAUAUUUGAAAAAGAAUUGCAAGAUGGUUCUCAAUUCCAAACGGUAAAUGAAAAAGUUAAAAUAAAUAAAGAUUGCUUACAUCCAAGACUACUUAAAGAACUUGAGGGUAGUGAAAAUAAGAAAAGAAAUGACGUUUCGAAAAUAAAACCCAAUAGUGAUGUUAAUAAAAUUGACAACGGUGUAAGAAAUAAACGCCCAUUUACUGAAGUAGAUACUUCAAAUAACAAAAUAACUGAUUUAGACGAAGGAUUAGAAAACAUAAUAAAUACACAAGUUUUAAAUAACUUCGACCAAAGUCUACAUACUGAAGAUUUUCGUGAAACACCCGUUAAAGCAAAACGACCGUCGAGUCCAAUCUUAUCAUGUCCCAAAGCGAAAAAACGGAGAAAAUUCGAAACGCCAUACUCGCAAAAACUACCAGUUUUAAAGAAAAAAGAAAUAAUAAAACCAAAUGAAGGAAAUAAAAUCAAAUUCAAAGAAAAUUAUAAGCGAAACAAAGAGUAUACUUUGAAAGAUUUGGACAAAAUGACACGAAAUUUCGGUACGAAAAUUGAUUCAUAUUUGACGAAAUUUCGUUUCGAUAGCUUAUUACAAUUUGUGUUCAAAAAUGAAAGAAAUGAUUUAACUGAUAGUGAUUUAACUAUUGAAUCUUUAAAAGAAUAUUUUAGUAAUUCAGUAAAUUGUAAAUUGAUACCGAAAGGAUGGUUGGAUAACCAUUUAAAAUUGAUACUAUGGAAGCUAAUAUCUUAUGAGAUCAAAUUCAAUCAUCUGUUUUGUACCGCAAGAAAUGUGGUAGACCAAUUAAAGUUUCGCUAUGACGUAGAAUUAUUUAAUGCUAAAAGGCCAGCGUUGAGGAAGAUAUUUGAAAAAGACGAUGUGCCAUCGAAGACUAUUGUUUUGUGCGUCGCUGAAAUAUAUCAAGACGGCGUCAGUGUUAUCAGUGCAUCAACAACAAACAAUAUGGAACUACUCCUGACAGAUGGUUGGUACUGCAUUAAAGCCAAUAUUGACAAGAUGUUGGCCCAACAUGUGUGUCGAGGGAAGAUAGUGGUUGGCACCAAGUUGGUCACCAAUGGGGCUGAGUUGGUUGGCUGUGAACAGGGUGUUUCGCCGUGGGAGGACACCACAGCAAUACGCUUAAAACUCUUCGGCAACUCAACGCGCCGAGCCCGUUGGGACGCGCGCCUCGGUUACCAUGGCAACGCCGCCAUCUUGUCCCAGCUGUCAUCUGUCAAAAUAGAUGGCGGGAAAGUGUCGAAGCUAAGGGUUUUUGUGACUAGAGUCUAUCCUGCUUUGUAUGUGGAGAAAUUUGAGGAUGGGAGCACUGUGACAAGAUCGGAGCGCUUAGAGCACUUACACCAAGUGAAGACUGAAGCUGAAAGACAGGCGGUGAUGGAGAGGAUCUAUGAAGAAGUUGAGAGGGAGUUCUCAGACCAGGAAUCUCAAGACUCGGAAAGUUUUACAGACUCUUGUCACAAGAGAGUGUGUUUGGACAGUGGAUCGCAAAUAGCUAAGGUUAUGAAGAGGAGCAGAGACCCUGAGGAGUUUAGGGCUGGCCUAACCUCCACCCAAACCAGACUCCUAGAAGGCCACACAUCAAAACAAAGAGACCGUCUCCUACAAGAUGUGCAGAAGAGAGUGAGAGAGAAGAUGGAGAAAGCAGGAGUGCAAGUGAAUAGGAACGUUGUUAUGUUACUGAAGAUAAGAGUCGCUGGAGUCGUGGAGAGGAGUGGAGUGGAGAUUAGUAAAGGCAUGAUGUCAAUAUGGAAACCGACGGAUGCAGUCACGGAUAUGAUCAAAGAAGGAGUCUGGAUGGAUGUGCUGAAUGUGGUGCCUACUGCUGUCAGGUACAACGAAAUUCAGAUAUCAGCGGGCAGGCAAUCCAUCUUCAGCCUAUCGAAAUUCAAAGAACCUGAAGCCUUGAAACCUUACACGAAAACACUGCAACGCAUCUCCUACACUAUACACCAACUAGUCCAAAACCCAUCGAUGUCAACCGAUUAUAAUGAAAUCGAUACAAUCGGUUUCAUCUUUCUAAUCGAUCCACCGAUUCACGAUUUCGACUCGACUAAACAGCCUUUCCAAAAUAUCUACCUUUCAGAUGCUUAUAAAAAUAUUAUUUGUAUUAAUUUCUGGGGUGGUCUCAAGAAAUUUGGGUACGAAAAUGUUUUAGAUACUGGUCAGAUUAUUUAUUGUGGGAAUUUGCAGAAGCGCGCUGGCAACACUAGAAAGAGUAUACCGCAAUAUAGAGUGACGGAGUUUACGUAUUUUACCAAAACUCCUAAGAAUGAAUGUGCUAGGAAUUUGAUACAUGAUUUGAGCAAAAAAUUUUGCAGUUUGGAUCGUAGAAAAUUUUGUGAAGACUGUGUUGUGUUGAAAAAUAAUUUCGCUAUCGUUAAGAGUAAUAAUGAAAACAUAUCGCCUUAUAGGUUUAAUAAUAGUGACCAUAAUUUUUCCAAAAAUAAAAUGUUCAUCGAUUCGCCUCUAGCUAGACCUGUUAAAGAUGAUUUCAACCUUACCGGCUUAGAUUUUGAGUCCACUUUCCGACAAACUGACACGCAAAAUUUAUCAGAAGAAGUUUUGCUUAGGAAGAAAAAGGUUAAUGAAAAAAUUGCUCGACUCAAAAUGUAUGGAGAACCGCCUCCUCUAUCAACCAUUCACAUCAUAAAUAGAUCUAAAAACGCUUCGAAUUCAUACAAAAGUCCUUUAAAUCCAAACCAGAGUAACAUUUCAAAAAUCCCGCCGAAAAAAUCGAAAAGCGAAACUGUCAAAAGUGACAGUUGUGAUAAUGUUGCCAGCGUAAAAGAAACUCCCGAGAAAAGUGGUAAUUUAAAUGAUUCUGAUUUGGUAUGCAGUCCUGUGCUUAUGAAUAGGACUUAUGUUAAGAAUGUUAAUCCUGUUAAGAUUAAUUUUGAUGUUAAAGAUAAUAAUGAUAGUAAUGUUGAUCAUUUUGCUGAAGAGUUUGACGGGAGUCCGCCUUUGAGUCUAGAUUAGAUUAGAAUCUCCUCCACUAGCCCUAAAAUUAUACUUACUUUUUAAUACACGAUAUUUAUAUUUCCGCCUAAAGAAAAUUUUGUUUUAUGAUACACGUAAUUGUAUAGUUAUAUUUCAAUUUAUAACAGUAACUAAACUGCCUCCUUAAGAAAUUUACAUUACUAUAAAGUCAACAAU